UUAAACAAAGCCAAAAAGGAGAGGACAGAAGCAGACAGAGAACAGGAAAUGGCGGACACAGAGCUGAUCCGAAACAUCGCCAGAAUUCUGGACGAGGCGAAAACCUCGAACGCCGCGCAGCACCGGAAGAUCAAGGAGCUCAAGCUUCUCCGAUCAAAAGCCCCCUCCAUCCCUCAAUUCUCAGCCGCAUUCACCAAAACCCUACUCCCCCUCUUCCACAUCCAGAGGCGAUCGGCCUCCACUGAGCGCGUUGUCCGCUUCGUUUCUUCCUUUGCCACCGCUCGUGAUUCCGACUCUGCUGCCAUUUCCGAUGAGCUUUUGGAGAAUUUCUUGAAGUUCCUUCUGAUCGGCGCUGCCGCUGCCAAUAAAACCGCCAGAUCUAGGGCUUGCCAAUUCAUUUCCGAGAUCAUACUGAACCUGCCUGAUGACUCAGAAGUGAGCAAUGAAGUCUGGGACGAGGUGAUAGAUUCCAUGAAGCUCCGGGUGGUGGAUAAGGUCCCACUGAUCCGGACAUUUGCAGUGAGGGCUCUUUCACGAUUUAUAAAUGACGCAGAGAACAGUGACAUUCUCGAUCUCUUGCUUGAGGUGCUUCCUCCAGAACAAAAUUCGGAGGUUCGUAAGACAAUUAUUCUAUCUUUGCCUCCUUUAAAUGCGACUUCCCAAGUAAUCAUUGAUUGUACGAUGGAUGUUAAUGAAUCAGUCCGAAAAGUGGCAUACUUUGUCAUAGCUAAUAAAUUUCCUCUUCAAAGCCUCAGCAUCAAACUUAGGACUUUGAUUCUUCAGAGAGGACUUGCUGAUCGAUCUCCAGCUGUUUCAAAGGAGUGUUUGAAGUUAAUGAUAGAUCAGUGGCUCGCUAAGUGCUGCAAUGGUGACCCAAUAGAACUACUCAAGUAUCUUGAUGUUGAAACCUAUGAAUCAGUUGGGGAGUCUGUAAUGGAAGCUCUCUUAAAAGCUGGUCUAGUGAAAUUACAUGAGGGUGAAAGCCUCCAGAAGUAUGUCUUAUCAGCUCAUGACAGAACUGAAGGAGAACCAGAGAAUUGUACUCCAAGCAUUAAGCUAAUUGAACCUGAGGUUGCUCUUUAUUGGAGGACAGUUUGCAAGCAUUUGCAGAUGGAAGCACAAGCAAAAGGGUCAGAUGCUGCUGCUGCAAAGGGUGUUGAAGCUGCAGUAUAUGCUGCUGAUGCGUCAGAUAGCAAUGAUCUUUUAGAUAGAAUUCUUCCUGCAACAGUCUCUGAUUAUAUAGAUUUGGUCAAGGCUCACAUAAAUGCUGGUCCAAAUUAUCAUUUUGCAGCAAGGCAGCUACUAUUGCUUGGAGAAAUGCUUGAUUUUUCUGAUGCAACUAUCAGGAAGGUUGCCAGCUCUUUUGUACAGGACCUGCUGUGCAGGCCCAUUGAACAUGAAGUGGAUGAUGAAGGCAACAAAAUUAUAAUAGGAGAUGGCAUAAAUCUUGGUGGUGACAGAGAUUGGGCUGAUGCAGUUGCUAGGUUGGCAAGGAAAGUCCAUGCUGCCACUGGUGAAUUUGAAGUAAUUCUUCUUGGGGUAGUAGAGGAGCUUGCUCAGCCUUGCAGGGAGAGGACUGCUGACUUUUUGCAGUGGAUGCAUAGCCUUGCUGUGACUGGUCUUCUUUUGGAAAAUGCAAAAUCUUUCUACUCGGUUCAAGGAAGGGCUAUUGAACCUGUUGAACUUCUGCAGUCUCUGUUGCUUCCUGCGGCAAAACAUGUUCAUCUGGAUGUGCAGAGGAUAGCUGUCAGGUGCCUUGGGCUAUUUGGGUUACUAGAGAAUAAGCCAAGUGAAGAACUAGUGAAACAGUUGAGGCUCUCUUUUGUUAAGGGUCCUCCUCCAAUAAGAGUUGUUGCUUGUAAGGCAUUAAUUGAUCUCGGAAUGUGGCAUGGUCCUCAGGAAGUUGACAGGGCAAUGGGGCUGAAUCUUUCAUCACUGCUCCGAGAAGAUAAACUACAUUUUAGUCCAGUAAACUUCCUUGAUAAUGCUGAAGAUUUCAACGUUGAGUUGCUUGAUCUCUUAUAUUCUGGACUUGAGACAAAUAAUUGCAGUAACUCUCUAGAAAAUAGUGACAGUGAAUCAGUUCAAGCUGCUCUUGGAGAGGGAUUCGCCAAGAUUCUUCUUCUGAGUGAUAAGUAUCCAAGAAUACCUUCCUCCUUUUUCCCUUUGCUCUUAGCCAAGCUGAUAAGCCUGUAUUUCAGCAACGAGACAAAGGACCUGCAGCGGUUGAAACAGUGUUUAUCUGUUUUCUUUGAGCAUUAUGCUUCCCUUUCAGCUAAUCACAAGAAAUAUCUCUCCAAGGCUUUCAUUCCUGCCAUGCGAUUGAUGUGGCCAGGCAUAAAUGGCAAUGCUGGAGGUUCUUCUGUUGUGGUGUCUAAUAUGCGUAAGCGUGCAGUUCAAGCAUCGAAAUUCAUGCUGCAAAUGAUGCAGGCUCCUCUCUAUGGAAAAGAGACUACAAAGGAGGAAGAAAAUGAUAAUGGAGGUUCCCCAGAAAAUUUAGAUCGUACUCCACAGCUUUCUGUAGAAUGUGGUGAGGAGGGGCUUGCAAUACGUAUAGCUACUGAGGUGCUUAGCUUCCAAGCAAAGAAGACACCUGCUGAGAAAUCGUAUGUAUCAGCACUUUGUAGAAUACUUGUCUCUCUGAAUUUCCGUUUAUCUGAACAAGAAGCGAUAAAGUUAUUGAAGAGGCUUCUCAAUUGUCUGAGUGAAUCUGUAUUAGCUGAGAAAGAUCUUACAAAGGAGUUAAAGCAGAUGUCCGAACAUCUCAAGGGACUAGAUAGACAUCCAGAUCAGGAUUUAUCAGAAGAUGAGGUGAAGUUCAUCUUUGGAAGGUUAGACCUUGAACCAAACUUAGAUCUAAAUGUUCCCGCUGCAGUGCCGCAAACCCCAGUCCCACAUUCAACUCGACCAACUCGUUCGAGAAGACGAGAGAGACAUGAAGAUGUCUCUUCUGAUGAAGAAAACUCUCCUACCUCUGCUCAAUCCUUGGCUCGUACCAAUCCAGCAAGUGUUGGGCCUCGUUCACAGAGGGCAAGCAAGACUGCUGCACUGACCAAGAUAACAACUGCCCGUAAACCUGCAAGGAUUGACGAAGACGAUGAGGAAGAAGACUCGGAGUCCGAUGUCACAUCUGAUGAUUCCGAUCAAUUGUCUGAGUGACUGAUUACUGGUUUUUCUCCCAAGAGAAAAAACACUACUUAAUGCUCAAGCUGUUGUAUUUUGUAUGGUCAUUGUUGGCUUGGCUGCAUGCUUAGUAAAGAUAUUAGGGGUUUGUUUAGAUAGGGAAUCUUGUAAUCCCCUGGAUAUAAGACAUUCCAAUUAAAUAAAUAGAUGCAUACAAAAAUG